AUGUGCUCACAACUGGCGUGACUAAUAUAAUUUUAUAUUUCUUAUUUUUAAAUUAAUUUAAUAAAAAACUAAACUGUUAAUAGUGUUGUGUACUUAAGUAUGAAUUUAUUAAAACAUUUAAGAAUCAAAUUAGUUAGACAUGAAAGUGUAUCAACAAAAAUGAUGAUUGACAAAAUGGCUGACAUAAUUUCAUGUACCAAUGAAACAUCCUGUGCCAGAGCUGCGGAACUUCUGGCAAAUGGACAAGUAAUAGCAGUUCCAACAGACACAAUAUAUGGAUUAGCAUGCAGCGCAAACUGUCCUGAUGCUAUAAAGAAGCUGUACACAAUCAAGGGUAGAGAUUCAGCCAAACCAGUAGCAAUUUGUGUAACUUUUAUUCCUGAUGUAAGAAAAUGGGGUGAAGCUGGACAUUUGAGUGAUAAUUUACUACACACUUUACUCCCUGGACCAGUAACAAUAGUUCUGGAGAAAACAAAGCAUUUGAAUAACCCAUAUCUUAACCCACACACAACAAAAAUUGGAAUACGAAUACCAAACCACAGCUUUAUGAAUAAAGUAACAGAAGCCUUUAACAUGCCUGUUGCAUUAACUAGUGCCAAUUUUAGCAAUGAACCAUCAACUUUAUCAAUAAAGGAAUUUGAACAUUUGUACAGUCACUUGGGUGCAGUGUUUGAUGGAGGAGUAUUGAGUAGAGGUCUGGAUCAGAAUAGAACGGGAUCCACUGUUAUAGAUUUAUCCAAAGUUGGCUAUUAUAAUAUAAUACGAAGGGGGAUUUCCUAUGAAAGAAUCAUAAGAAUAUUAGAAAAUCAAGGUCUAAUGAAUAUGCAAUAAAUAUUCAAAGGAAUGAUAGUAUAUUCAUUGUUAUAUUAGUUGACAUUAAAUAAAUAAA